AUGGAGGAAGGAUGUGAAGGUGGCAAAGGAGACACCUCCCCUCACUUCGACACAGGCUAUGAACCAUACUACACGUCUUCUUUAGGGUCGGGUCUCCAGGAGGAUUUAUUUCUGCGUCAAGGAAGAUUACAGCUAAUAGGAUUUGCUUCUUGGAGGCUGUUGGCAUGUGUGGUGCAAACCCUGCACACUGUUCUUAAAGAGAAUAUGGACCCUAUUUGUCAUAUUUUCCUUCUUCUUCUGGCCGUCCACAAGAUAAACCCAUCUGUUUCAUCUUGUGUCACAGGAUGCUCUUGUUCUCAAGACAGCUUUGGAAGGAGUUUGCUCUGCAUGUCUACACUGCUGAGGCAGAUCCCUGCAAACAUCCCUCAGGACAUCCGGAAAAUUAGAAUUGAAAAUUCUCACCUAACAGAAUUGCCUCGCGGGUCUUUUGAAAACGUUAGUGCCUUGGAGUAUCUCUGGCUCAAUUUUAACAACAUCACAGUGAUGCACAUCAAGAGCUUGGAAUAUCUGCCGGCUCUGAAGGAGCUGCGCUUGCAAGGGAACAAAUUAAGUUCGGUGCCAUGGACAGCAUUUCAAGACACCCCGGCUCUGAAAAUCCUGGAUCUGAAGCACAACCGGCUGGAUGUCCUUCCAGAACACGCGCUCCGCUAUCUGCCCAACCUGACCUAUUUAGAUCUAUCCUCAAAUCAGCUUACCAUCAUAUCCAGGGAUGUCUUCUACAGCUGGCCCAUCUACCAGAGAAGCCAGAGGGCAGAGGGGCAGAUAGAAGCUAUUUCCAACGCCGUCCUGGCCCUUCAUGACAAUCCCUGGAUUUGCGACUGUCGUCUGCGGGGAUUUGUCCAGUUUAUCAAGUCGAUCGGCCCACCUAUUAUUCUGAUGAAUUCCUAUUUAACUUGCUCAAGCCCGAAAUUCAGGGCAGGGAAGUUUUUUCAUGAAGUGGAGCUCAACAGCUGCAUGAAGCCCCUGACCUCAGCCCUUGACACCAACCUGACAGUCCCGGUGGGGCUGAACGUCACCCUGACCUGCUUUGUGCAAGCCAGCCCUUCCCCGGCUGUCUGGUGGACCUAUGCACUCAAACUUUUAAGGGCAUUUAAUGCACAUCUGACUGGCAUGAGAAGAGCUGCUUCACGCAGGCCCAUCGGCGGGGAGCCCGUCCGCUCAGAGCUGCUGAUCCCAGCGGCACGGCCAGCGGACGCUGGCAACUACACCUGCACGGCCGCCAACUUCUUGGGCAACACGUCGGUGGCCAUCACCCUCCGCGUGGGGGCCCCGUGGGCAUCCACCACCCCCGCGGGCUGGGUCCCCAUCGCCCCUGCUGAGCCGGGUGCCCACGUAGAAGUGCGCAUCGCCAAGCAGACGGUCUACGGCAUCACCCUGGAGUGGUUUGCGGCGACGGCGGCAGCAGCAGAGCCGGGGGAGACCUGGUACACCCUCCUGGUGGGCCGCUAUGACGCCGCCCAGAAGGACGCCAUCUACAUCGGCCCCGGCGUCAACACCUACUCGGUGACUGACCUGCUGCCAGCCACCAAGUACGAGGUCUGCGUGGCCGUGCGCAACCAGGCACCCCGCAAGGGCCAGUGUGUUGUCUUUGUCACGGGCAGUGACGUCAGCCAGCUGGAGCAGCGCGAGCAGGCCGGGCUCUGCCGCUCCGAGGGUGGCCAUGGUUCCCGGCGGCCCCCGGCCCGCGAGGAGCCUGGCAAGACCCGGCCGCCCCACAGGAACAGCGCCGACCUCUACUAG